GACGACGACGAUGAUUUAAACGAGACCAAUCAUAUUGAAACUAUCAUUGUGUCAAUUGUAUACGGGCUCACAUUUUUAGCUGGAAGUGUCGGAAAUAGUUUGGUGAUCAUCUGCAUUUUGAAAUUCAAAAAGAUGAGGUCGGUGACUAAUGUUUUCCUGCUGUCUCUUGCUUCUGCCGAUCUGUUACUCGUCUUCGCCUGCGUUCCUAUCAAGUUAGCGAAAUGGUUCACUUUCACGUGGGACCUGGGUGUGGUUCUGUGCAAACUCGUGCACUAUAUACAAAAUGUGUCCGUCAUCUGCUCCGUGCUCACACUGACGACCAUCAGCAUUGAGAGGUACUAUGCCAUACUCAGACCUAUGCAGUCCAGAUUCAACUGCACUCAUCACAGGGCGAAGAAGAUGGUCUGCUUCGUUUGGCUACUGUCAACUAUUCUUGCCACACCCAUUUUAUAUGGACAGCAGUCGUUGAGGGCAGUAGGUGAGGAUGGCGAUCUGUUCUGGUGCGUCAAGAUGUGGCCGUCGAAAGCUGUCGAACGCUUCUUUGAAAUCUGGAUGCUGGUGCUUGUUCUCAUCAUUCCACUUUCAGUCAUGAUCUUUGCUUACGUCGGCAUCUGCAGAGAGCUCUGGAACGUCAUGGCCAUGAGAGGAAGCAUGGUGGCCAGG